AUGAUUUUUCUUAUGAUUAUUAUUCACUUUCUCCUCCUCCUUAUUCACUUUCUCCUCCUCCUUAUUCUCUUUCUCCUCCUCCUUAUUCUCCUCCUCCUUAUUCUCUUUCUCCUCCUCCUUAUUCUCUUUCUCUUUCUUCUCUUUCUCUUUCUUCUCUUUCUCCUCUUUCUCUUUCUCCUUUUCUCUUUCCUCUUUCUUUCUCUUUUUUUUUUCUCUUUCUCCUUUUUCUUUCUUUUUUCUCUUUCUUCUCUUUCUCUUUCUUCUCUUUCUCUUUCUCCUCUUUCCCUUUCUCCUCUUUCCCUUUCCCCUCCUCUUUCCCUUUCCCCUCCUCUUUCUCUUUCUGCUCCUCCUCCUCCUAUGAACUACAGUUAUACUGCUUCUUUAAUUUUUUUUUAUUUUUUUCCUUUUUUUUUCCUUUUUUUUUAUUUUUCUUUUCCUUUUUCCUUCUUUUCUUUUCCUUUUUCCUUCUUUUCUUUUCCUUUUUCCUUCUUUUCUUUUCCUUUUUCCUUCUUUUCUUUUCCGUUUUCCUUCUUUUCUUUUCCGUUUUCCUUCUUUUCCGUUUUCCUUCUUUUCCGUUUUCCUUCUUUUCCGUUUUCCUUCUUUUCCGUUUUCCUUCUUUUCCGUUUUCCUUCUUUUCCGUUUUCCUUCUUUUCCUUUUUCCUUCUUUUCCUUUUUCUCUCUUUUUUUUCUCCUUUUUUCUUUUUUUUUUUCUCCUUUUUUCUUUUUUUUUUCUCCUUUUUUUUUUUUUUCCUUUUUUUUUUUUUUUUUUUCUCCUUUUUUCUUUUUUUUUUUUUCUCCUUUUUUCUUUUUUUUUUUUCUCCUUUUUUCUUUUUUUUUUUUUUCUCCUUCCAUUUAAAUUUUUAUGAAAAUAUAACUGUUUUCUUUUUUUUCUUUUUCAAACAGGAGGCACAAUUUGAAAGAUUAACAAGAGAACUUGAAGUGGAAAGAAAGAGUGUGGCUAAUCAACUUGAAAAGCUGGAUGGCUCUCUCUUUAUCUAUCCGUGCCUGAUCUUCUCUCUUUAUCUAUCCUCUCUUUCGCUUUCUCUCUCUCUUUCUCUCUUUUCCUUUUUUCUCUAUUUUUCCUCCCUCUUUUCUCUCUUUCUCUCCUUUUUUCUCUCUCCCUCUUUCUCUCUCUUUUUCUCUCUCUUUCUCUCUCUCUCUCAAUCUCUCUCUCUUUUUCUCUCUCUCUCUUUCUCUCUCUCUCUCUUUCUCUCUCUCUAUCUUUCUCUCUCUCUUUCUCUCUCUCUCUUUUCUCUUCUCUUUCCUCUCUCUCUUUUUCCCUCUCUCUCUUCCUUUUCUCUCUCUUUCUCUCUCUUUCUCUCUCUCUCUAAAAUUUCUCCCUCUCUUUUCUGGGAUUCUCCCUCUCUUUUUUUAUUUCUCUCUUUUCUCCCUCUCUCUCUCCCUCCCUCUCUCUCUCUCCCUCUCUCUCUCGAUUUCUAUCCCUCUCUCUCUCUCUCUCUCUCUUUCUCUCUCUCAUUCUCCCUCUCCUCUCUCUCUACGAAAUCUCUCUCUCUUUCUCCCUCUCUCUCUCUUUCUUCCCUCUCUCUCUCUCUCUCCCUCUCUCUCUCUCUUUCUCUCUCUUUCUCUCUCUUUCUUUCUCUCUCCCUCUUUCUUUUCUCUCCCUCUCCUCUCCCUCCUCCCAUUUCUCUCUCUCUCCUUUUUUCUCUAAACCUCUUUUCUACUCUCUCUUCUCCCCCUCAUUCCACAACAUGUCCCUCCAUCAAUACCUUAGAUGAUUUUCUCUCUCUCAAAUUCAUUUUUAAAAAAAAAAAAAUUUUUUCUCUUUUCCCUCAUUUUCUCUCUCUUCCCCGUUUUCUCUCUUUCCCCUCAUUUUCUCUCUUCCCCCAAAUUUUUUCUCUCUAUCUCGUUUUCUCUCUCUUCCCUGUUUUCUCUCUCUUCCAAAAUUUUUCUCUCUUUUUUUUCAUUUCUCUCUUUUUCGUUUUCUCUCUUCCCCUAUUUUAUUCUUCCCCUAUAUUGAAUAAAAAUUCCCUCAUUUUUCUCUCUCUUCCUGUUUUCUCUCUCUUCCCCUCGUUUCUCUCUCUUCCUAUUUUUUCUCUCAAAAAAUUUCUUCCCUGUUUUCAUUUUCCCCCUCGUUUUCUAAAUUCCCCUCAUUUUAUUCUCUCUUCCCCUCGUUUUUCUCUCUUCCCUCGUUUUCUCUCUCUUCCCUUCAUUUCUCUCUCAAAUGUAGAAUUUUUCUUUUCCCUCGUUUUUCAUUUUCUUCCUAGAAUUUUUCAAUUCUUCCCCUCGUUUUAUCUCUCUUCCCCUCUUAUUUUCUUCAAUUAUCAAAAAAUCUCUCUUCCCCUCGUUUUCUCUCUAAAAUAUCGUUUUUUUCCCUUUUUUUCUCUGAAUUUAAAAUUUUUCUCUUCCCUCGUUUUUCUCUCUUCCCCUCGUUUUUUUCUCUCUCUUCCCUCAAUUAAUUUUUCUUUAAUAAAUUUUUUCUCUUCCCUUUUUUCUCUCUCUUAA